AUGGCUUCCGAACAAUUGCGCAUUCUCAUUGUUGGCAAUGGUGGCCGUGAGCAUGCCUUCGCCUGGAAGCUGAGCCAGUCUCCUCUCGUCGACAUUGUCUACGUCGCACCUGGAAACGGCGGGACUGGCCUUGGUACCAACAGCAAGAUCACCAACGCCAAUGUCAAGGGUGACGACUACGCGGGCCUUGUGGCAUUCGCGCAGAAGAAUCAGGUUAACCUCGUGGUGCCUGGUCCCGAGGCGCCUCUCGUCGAUGGCAUCCAGGGUUAUUUCCAAGCUGUCGGCAUUCGAUGCUUCGGUCCUUCCAAGGCUGCUGCCCGUAUGGAGGGCUCCAAGACCUUCUCCAAGGACUUCAUGCAGCGCCACCAGAUCCCCACCGCCGAGUUCGGAAACUUCUCUGACUACGAGUCCGCACGCCGCUACCUCGACUCCGUUUCACACAAUGUGGUCAUCAAGGCCGAUGGGCUGGCUGGUGGUAAGGGUGUGAUCAUCCCCACUACCAAGGAGGAGGCCCACAAGGCCUUGAAGGAGAUGAUGGUGGACCACCAGUUCGGCAGCGCUGGCAACGAGGUCGUUAUCGAGGAGUACCUCGAGGGUGACGAGCUGAGCAUCCUCACUUUCAGUGAUGGAUACACUAUUCGCUCUCUUCCCCCCGCACAGGACCACAAGCGCAUCUUUGACGGUGACCAAGGCCCCAACACUGGUGGCAUGGGCUGCUACGCGCCUACGCGCAUUGCGCCGAAGGAGGUUGUGGAUGAGAUUGACCGCACCAUCAUCCAGCCUUCCGUCGACGGAAUGCGUAAGGACGGCUUCCCCUUCGUUGGUAUCUUGUUCACCGGUCUCAUGAUGACCAAGAAUGGACCCAAGGUCCUUGAAUACAACGUCCGUGGUGGAGACCCAGAGACCCAGACCUUGCUGCCUCUGCUCAGCGAGGACACUGAUCUGGCUCAAAUCAUGGUGGCUUGCGCCGACCACUGGCUGGACGGUGUCUCAAUCAAGAUUGAGCCCAAAUUCUCCACUACUGUCAUUGCCGUUGCUGGCGGUUACCCCAAUGCCUACGCCAAGGGCAAGACCAUCACUUUGGCCCCCGAGCCCGCUGGCACUCUCAUCUUCCACGCCGGUACCACUCUGUCCGGCAACGAGCUGCAAACCGCUGGAGGCCGUGUGAUCGCUUCUACCGCUACUGCCUCGACCCUCGAAGAGGCAGUUGCCAAGAGCUACGAAGGCAUCAAGACCAUCAGCUUCGAGGACAUGUUCUACCGCAAGGACAUUGCCCACCGCGCAUUCCGCCAGACCGCCAACACCUCGCUCACCUACGCCCAAGCCGGAGUCUCCAUCGACGCCGGCAACGAGCUCGUCAACCAGAUCAAGAGCUCCGUCCGCCGCACCAAGCGCCCCGGCACUGACGCCGUCAUCGGUGGCUUCGGCGGUCUCUUCUCCUCCCCCGCCGCCAACUCCGCCUACCACCCUCUCUCGCCCACUCUCAUCGGCGCCAUCGACGGCGUCGGCACCAAGCUUAAAAUCGCCCACUCCGUCGGCAUCCACGACACAGUCGGUAUCGACCUCGUCGCCAUGAACGUCAACGACCUCGUCGUCCAAGGCGCCGAACCCCUCUUCUUCCUCGACUGCUACUCCUGCGGCCACCUCGACGUCCCCACCGCCGCCGCCUUCGUCACCGGCGUCGCAGACGGCUGCGUCCAAGCCGGCUGCGCCCUCAUCGGCGGCGAAACCGCCGAAAUGCCCGGCCUCUUCAUCGACGACUCCUACGACGCCGUCGGCGCCGCCGUAGGCGCCAUCAACACCGUCGGCGACAACGCCCGCGCCAUCCUCCCCCACACAGAGAACAUGCGCACCGGCGACGUCCUCCUCGCCCUCGCCUCCUCAGGCCCCCACUCAAACGGCUACUCGCUCGUCCGCAAGAUCGUCGAGCGCGCCGGCCUCUCCUACACCGACCCCGCCCCCUUCUCCAUGCCCGGUCUCGAUGCCGGCGUCUCCGUCGGCCGCGCCCUCCUCACCCCGACCCGCAUCUACGUCAAGUCCAUCCUCAAAGCGCUCAACACCCACGGCGCCUCCAUUAAGGGUCUGGCUCACAUCACCGGCGGCGGUCUCGUCGAAAACAUCCCCCGCAUGCUACCGGAUCACCUCACUGCCCAGGUGGACGUCAGCACGUGGCAGCAGCCUUCUGUUUUCACCUGGCUGCAGCGUGCUGGUAACGUCUCCUCUGUGGAGAUGGCCCGUGCCUUCAACUGUGGUGUCGGCAUGAUUAUCGCCGUCGACCCUGCCUCCGAGGCGGAUAUUCGGAAGACUUUCGAGGCUGCUGGUGAGGAGGUUUACCGGGUUGGUGAGCUUCGUGCUCGUGGUGAGGGUGAAGAGGGCUGUGUGCUUUCUGGACUUGAGUCUUGGUCUGCGUGA